AUGGCUUCAUCAUCAAUUCAACAUGAGCCUCUCUCCGUGACACAAAUUGAAGAUUUGAUCAAUGAACGAGCUCGUUUUAAACAACGAUCUCAUGAUACGCACAUGGAAACUCAUCAGCCACAAUUAACAGCAGCAGGUGAACUUUCAGAACAAGUUGAUAUUGUUCUUCUCGGUGAUUCGAUGUUCGAAAGAUUUAAAAAUACCGGAAGAUUCACUCAACUCGGUCUAUUGUCUUACCCACGUUUGUUCAAUGCAGGUGUCGGUGGAGACAAGAUUGAGAAUGUUCUCUAUCGUAUCAAAUUAGGAUUGUUAACCAUGUUAAAAGAGAAAAAUCCUAAACUCGUUGUCGUUCAUAUCGGUACGAAUAGUCUUCAAUCCCGAAAACCAUUGCACGGUUUACAAAUCAACAAUUAUGAUUUAUUGUUACAAGCUUUAUUCGUCUUAUUGCCUGUCCAAACAAAGAUUCUCGUUACUGGUCUAUUCACACGCAAAGACGUAGAAGAAAAAUAUGUUUCUCAAUCAAAUCAAGCGAUAAAACAGCUUGUUGAUACGAUCAGAUUGCAAGACAACGGUCGUAUUCAUUGGCUGGAGCCACCUGAAGAGGUCAAACUGUAUCAUUUAGUAGACAAUGUACAUUUGACUGAAGAAGGUUACGAACUUUGGGAUGAGAAGCUUUAUUCGAAAAUUCAAGAUUUGUUAAAAUAA